AUGAAUGAUAGUUUGUUUGUGAUUGUUGUUUCAGCUGUUGUGAAAAAAAUGUCGUCGCCAAGUGCUGAGGAAUUGGCCGCUGAAUUUGAGAAGGGCGAAGCGGAGGUUGGCAAAGGAGGUGGCAAAAGGAGCAAGUGCAUUUUUUGCACGAUCCUUCGGUGUUUACAGGCUGAGCAACACGAACACAAGCAUCCGCAUCCGGGAAAUGAUACCAGAAAGAUCGUCAAUUACUGCGUCAGUGGCCAGGAGAAGAGGAAAGAGCCUCCGAGCAAUGCUAAGAAGGAAUAG